AUGAGGAUGAUGGUGGUGAUGAUGAUGAUUAUGAUUGCAGGAGAAAAGCCGUAUCAGUGUGACUUCACAGACUGUGGACGGAGAUUCUCCAGAUCAGAUCAACUGAAGAGACACCAACGCAGACACACAGGAGUGAAACCAUUCCAGUGUGAGACGUGUCAGAGAAAGUUUUCACGGUCAGACCAUCUUAAGACACACACUCGGACACAUACAGGUAAAACAAGUGAGAAGCCCUUUACAUGCCGCUGGUCCAGCUGUCAGAAGAAGUUUGCCAGGUCUGAUGAGUUAGUUCGCCACCACAGCAUGCACCAGAGGAACCUGAUCAAAUUACAGUCUGCCAUCUGACCAGUACUAAACCGGUUUGGACUGGACAGGACUGGAUUGGACCGUACCAAACACAUAGCCAUCUGAGCAACAAUGAUGACUGGACCUAAGCCCACCGAGUGCCAUAAGUGGAAAGUACAACUCAAAUAUGGCCUCUAUUGCUCCAACUAAAGAACAUAGUUUCACCAUGCACCCCUUUGGAUGGAAGACGAAUAGAUCAAUGCCACCUCAGAUUUAUGUCACAUCAGCCAAUGAAUAUCAACGGUUACUGUAGCUUCAACCCCUGAUAACCCAGCACUAGGAUUCCCUGUUUUUAUUGUUAGAAAUCAAAUAGUUGAUAUUUUUCUUAUGUACACAACCAGCUUCAUCCUGAGCCAUGAUUAAGAAUCUGCUGUCUGGGUGAGAAGAACAUCAAUUGUUAUUAUUUGGUUGUUGUAUUAUAAUUGCACUGGCUUUAUGUUCAUUUUUCUGCCAUAAAUGUUUUACUACAGAUGUAGGAUCUUAAUUUGAGACGGUUUGCUACAGCAAGAAAAUAAUACGGCAGCAACAGGAAAUGGGAAUUAUUAUGUGGAUUAUAAUUCAUAGACAUUUAAAUUGGGGUUGAUAUAUUUUUUUAUAAGGGAAAAUCAAGUCUGAAAUUGGAAAUUAUAAACUUCAGAAGCCUUUUAAAACCUCAAACAAGUUUGACAUUUCCUGCAUAUCAAAUGAAGAUCCUAGACCUGUAUAUACUGGAGCUCGACCAUGUAAACUGGAGUUAGGAAACAGACAAUGUCACUCUAUGUCCAACGAGACAACGAGUAAAACAGAAAAUGAUACUGUGAUUGCUGGAGGAAAUGUGUACAUGUGUUUUAUGUGCCUACAGUGUAAAAUGUCACUUCCUUUGUGUAUAUAUGACUCAUUGCUUUCCUUUUUAAACAGUCGUUUUGUAUUUUUGUACUGUUCAAAUGUAUUAAAUGUUGAUCUUUUGGUCA